UUACCUUCACUCGCGCUGCCUUCACUCCGAGAGGAGGAGGAGGAUGGUGUGUGAUUGGCCAGGCGUGGGCUGGUAGUCCUGAGGCUGGCAUUGUGGUCCGCGUCGAGCCCCGUGUCCUUGUUUACACCCUGCAGAGAAGGGGGGACGAGGCGAGACGCCCACGGGGGGGUCCAGAACACGCCCGGGAGUCCCGUCCGAGGCGAGCAUCACCCUGUGGUCCUCGUCUCGUGAGGUCGCAAACCAAGUUUCUCUCCGCUGGGAGUCGGACGCUCGACCAGUUGAACGCGUCCGUCCGGUGCUCCGCGCGGGGAUGCGUCAAACUUUUUGGUGACUUUUUUUUUUGGACACUCGGGUUUCCAGAGGAGCGUAAAAUGAAACCCACCAGGAAUAGUCCUGACUUUGAGUGAAUUCACAGGGCGUGAUAACGACGGAGCUCUUCAAACUUUGACUACGGAGGGAUUUUACACCCAUUCAGUCCGAUCCAACGCAAGCUGCUGGGACAUGGAUGCGCUUUGAGCGCUGUGGUCUUUUCGCGUCCACAGUCCAGACUCACCAUCAACCAAACCAGCGGCGUCGCUCGUCAACCGCUAGACUCGCUGGCGUUGCGCUCCUCUUCUCCGGGGUAGAGACUCUGUGGCAGAACGACUUGGUGCGGCGAGAGCAGCGCAGGCUACGCUGUGUGGACGAACCGGGACGUUUUGCGACAGCGUAGCCGGAAAAGAUGCUCCCCGUUCGGGUGGUUCGUGACCAAGGGCUGCUCACUCUGGUUCUGCUCCUCCUGUGCGUGGAACGCGUCGCGUCGGAAAUCGAGAGCAGCGACUACAGCGAGGCAGAGGUCCUUCCGGAUUCCUUCCCGUCAGCCCCGGCGGAGCCCCUCCCUGAAUUCCUGCUGGAGCCAGAGGACGCCUUCAUCGUAAAGAACCGGCCGGUCCAGCUGCGGUGCCGGGCGUCUCCGGCCACGCAGAUCUACUUCAAAUGUAACGGAGAAUGGGUCAAUCAGAACGAUCACGUGACCAGAGAGAGCCUGGACCAGAUCACAGGCCUGGUGGUGAGGGAGGUGGACAUCUCGGUGUCGAGGACCCAGGUGGAGGAGCUGUUCGGGCUGGAGGACUACUGGUGCCAGUGUGUAGCCUGGAGCUCGGCUGGCACCACCAAGAGCAACCGCGCCUACGUCCGCAUUGCAUACCUGAGGAAGAACUUUGAGCAGGAGCCGCUGGGGCGGGAGGUGCGACUGGAGCAGGAGGUGCUGCUGCAGUGCCGUCCCCCGGAGGGCAUGCCUGCUGCUGAGGUGGACUGGCUGAAGAACGAGGACGUCAUCGACCCGUCGCAGGACUCCAAUUUCCUCAUCACCAUUGACCACGACCUGAUCAUCAAACAGGCGAGGCUGUCGGACACCGCCAACUACACGUGCGUGGCCCGCAACGUGGUGGCCCGGCGCCGCAGCAGCACCGCCACCCUCAUCGUCUACGUGAGUGGAGGUUGGUCUUCUUGGACUGAAUGGUCAGAGUGUAACGCUCAGUGUGGGCGGGGUUGGCAGCGACGAACGCGCAGCUGCACCAAUCCUGCCCCUCUGAACGGAGGAGCCUUCUGUGAGGGCCCGCCCUUCCAGAGAGUGACCUGCACCACACUGUGCCCAGUGGACGGGGGCUGGACGGAGUGGGCCAAGUGGUCGGCCUGCGGGACGGAGUGCACCCACUGGCGCAGCCGCGAAUGCCAAGCUCCGCCACCCAGGAACGGGGGGAAGCACUGCAGCGGCAGCAUGAUGGAGAGCAAGAACUGCACCGAGGGGCUGUGUGCACGAAAUAAAAAGAUUUAUAUUGAACAUGCAGACCAUUCCGUGGCUCCAGGCAUGGGUGUAGCAGUGUACGCCGGUCUGGUGGGGGCCCUCCUGCUGUGUGUGAUCCUGGUGCUGUGCGUGGGGGUCCUCGCCUAUCGCCGCAGAUGCCGCCAUCUCCACGGCGACAUCACCGACUCCUCCUCCGCUCUCACCGCCGCCUUCCACCCCGGCAACUACAAGCCUCCCAGGCAGGAUAACCCUCACCCUCUGCAUCCCUCGGCUCCUCCGGAUCUAACGGCCACCGCGGGGGCUUUCCGUGGGCCCCUCUUCUCCCUGCAGCAGGCUGUCAACGACAGCCCCCACAAAAUCCCCAUGACCACCUCUCCCCUGCUGGACCCGCUGCCCAGUCUCAAAAUCAAGGUGUAUAACUCCUCCACCCUCUCGUCCUUGGAGCUCCCCGCAGACAUGGUUUCAGGUGACGGCGAGAUCCUCAGCCUCAAGUCAGUGGGGACCAUAGGGCGAGAGCGGGACUACCACGGCCACACGCUGUCCCGAGAGUCCGGCCUCAGCACCAGCGCCACGCUGGGCAACCUGGGAGGACGCCUCACCAUCCCCAACACAGGUGUCAGUCUGCUGGUUCCUCCCGGCACAAUCCCCCAGGGGAAGUUCUACGAAAUGUACCUCAUUAUCAACAAGUGGGAUAAAACCACGUUGCCCUCCGAGGGCGGUCAGACCGUUCUAGGUCCCGUCGUGAGCUGCGGCCCGUCUGGGAUGCUGCUCAACCGGCCCGUGGUCCUCACGCUGCCCCACUGCGCCCAGCUGGACACGCCCACACUCGACUGGACCCUGACCCUCAAGUCGCAGACGCACCAGGGGGCGUGGGAGGAGGUGUUGACAGUCGGCGAGGAGACCCUGUCGUCGCCGUGCUACCUGCAGCUGGAGGAGGAGUGCUGCCACGUUCUGAUGGAGCAGCUGGGCACGUACGGCCUGGUGGGCCAGUCCUGCCCCCCACAGCCCGCCUGCAAGCGGCUGCAGCUGGCCCUGUUCGCCCCCAGGGCGCCGUGCCUGUCCCUGGACUACAGCCUCCGCAUCUACUGCAUCCAUGACACGCCGCACGCGCUCAAGGAGGUGCUGGACUUGGAGCGGAGUCUGGGGGGGGUCCUGCUGGAGGAUCCCAAACCUCUGCUCUUCAAAGACAGCUACCACAACCUGCGCCUGUCCAUCCACGACAUCCCUCACACCCACUGGAGAAGCAAGCUGCUGGCCAAGUACCAGGAAAUCCCGUUUUAUCACAUUUGGAGCGGCAGCCAGAGAACCCUGCACUGCACCUUCAACCUGGAGCGCGGCAGCCUGGCCGUGUCGCAGCUCAGCUGCAAGAUCUGCGUGCGACAGGUGGAGGGGGAGGGACAGAUAUUCCAGCUGCACACGGACAUCCAGGAGACUCUCCCGCCGCACUCGCCCCUGCCUGCAGGGGGCACCUGCCUGCCGUCCUCUCAGGUGGGACCCUAUGCCUUUCGCUUGCCUGACUCCAUUCGCCAGAAGAUCUGUGCCAGUUUGGACGCGCCGAGCGCCCGGGGCUGCGACUGGAGACUGCUGGCGCGCAGUCUGGGCUUUGACAGGUACUUGAACUACUUCGCGACAAAGCCCAGCCCCACAGGUGUCCUACUGGACUUAUGGGAAGCUUGUCACCAAGGUGACGCAGACCUAGUCUCUCUGGCGACCGCGCUGGAGGAGAUGGGCAAAAGUGAGGUGCUAGUUGUCAUGACAACUGAUGGGGACUGUUGAUUGGUCAAGGAACAGGAGAGCAAGCAAAACAUAUUUUUGCACCAACGUGAUGAAAAUACCUGCCUGAAUAUGCACACCCUGGCACACAAAAGUGUUUUGGUCCCUUCACAUGUACUGUAUUACCUCUGAACAUACCCUUUGAGUAACACACCCCCACCACCACCACACAUCCACCAGAACUGAUAAUCUGAUUCACCUUGAAUCCUCUAAAGCAAUGUUGCAUCUGGAAGACGAGGACCCAAUUUGAAGGAACAGAGGUGUAAAAUGUGCGCUCCCGUACACGAAUAACAACGCAUUGGGACGAAUGGAGGAAUCCACAAAAUCAGCGCACCGCAACACAAAGGCGCGGCGGCGGCGGCUAACGCGGCAUCACCUGCGUUCGAGUAGCAGCAUGAAAGUGCAUGAUUUAACAGGAUCUGGCCCCACAGCAGGGGCUUUUGUUUCCUGCAUUGUCAUUCUGUGCGUGCGUUGACUGGCAGCGAGCACCGGCGGGGCUGCAACCUCCUCAGGCUCCAGAAACACUCCCAUAAUCCCACCAACUCGUCGCUAAUUGGGCCCGACUCAGUCGAGUUAGGCGGGUUUGCAUAAAUGCUUCUGCUGCCUGUAAAUCCUACGGGGACCCAACCCUUAACGUUGGAGAGCUUCAGUAUAUUGCUUUUAGUCUGAGGGGGGGAAAAAGAAGUCUCCUCUUCAUGGUUGUUACAGAAUUGGCGGAGUCUUUAUACUGUAUCAACAAAUGCCUCAAAGCCUUGGCAUAUCGUUGUGACUCACAGGGGUGUUUCUCUUUCAUCUCUCCUUGCAUUCCUCUAUCGCUCUGCCACACUCCUACGAUCUGUUGAGAAUAAACUGCAGGAGAGCUUUCUGGUCAUCCCUUAAAAGUUUCCUUUGGGGAACGCUCUUUAAGUUAUUAUCCAUAUUUGUGGAUUUUUUUAUACAUAUUAUUAUCAUUUUCACCGCUGUGUCGAUCAUGUAGAAGCCGUUUUAUCAUUUGUGCUUGUUUAGUCUACUGAGCUGCUGUGUGUGUUUUUUUAUUUGACUAGAACAGGCCAAAUGGGAGCUUUAGAUGCACAAUGGAUGUCUCAGUUGUGAAUAGCAAAAUGUUUGUUAUUUUUAUGAUUGUGUAUCUAUUCACAAUGUAAAAUAUACUGUAAAACAUGAUUGGACGUGGUGAAAUGUGCAGGUGAAUAUACUGGGUUUCAUUUCAGGCAUUCUGGUUUGAUGUGACUGAGGCUGUUCCAGCUGUUGGAUAUAAAUGUUGCAGAAUGCAUUAGCCUUGCCUUGAAUCCACUAGACAGCAAGGGACUAUAAAAUUUACCUCAACUCCAACUCCAUUAUAUUUCAAUCUAUUCUCCGCCCAUCCGUUCAUCUCAUUGUCUCUCUCCUCUCACUUUGAGGACAUGCUGUUAACCUUUUUACUAACCUCCUGCUUUGUGGUCAGGGUCUUCAUGCGAUCUGCAUUAUUACCAGACGGGAUUUGAAAUUGCUGUCAUCUUUAACGUCCCCAUCGCUCACGGAGUUUGUGUCAUGGAGCCUUUUUUCCCCCCUCAACGAAGUGUUUAUAUCUUUAAAAUCACCAAAACCAAAACACCGGCAGUAUCCCUCCUCUACAGCAGUGAGUCAUGUCACUGUUUGGUGUGAAUGAACUCGAAACAUGCUGUGUGUGUGUGUGCGUGUGUGUGUGCGUGUGUGUGCAUGCGAGUGUGCGUCCUCAAGUGGGUGGGUAUGUGUGGGCAGGUGGGUGUGCACGUACAAGUGCGCACAAUUCCGAUCUGUCAUUUCUCUUUGGAAGCGCUAUGCAAGCACAAAAGAACAGAAAGUGAAGCAUUUUGACUUCUUUUGUUUCCUGGAAGAGUAAUUCUAUUUUUUCAGAUUAGGGCAUUGACAGGGUUACGAUUUUGUAUGCGUUGGUGGUGGUGGUGGUGGUGGUGGUGGUGGUGGUCUGCGUGGGGAAUUCUCCAUCUGGAGCCGAAGAGUUUGAUCGCAGACCGGGAAAGUUACUUCAGUAUCUGGUGCAAUGGCUGCAAUACAAGUCGUCAUGAACUCGUGCCCUGCAGUUUUUUGCCCGUGAGGAACUAUCUGAACUGGUCCAGUUCAGUACCUUACCUCCCAGAACAUGGCAGGACUAUUUUCUUUCCUCAAAUCUUGGCUAGCUGUAGAUGACAGUGUUUCUAUGUCCAGAUUUCUCGAGUAUCUGUUGAAUCUUUGGCCAUAACUCUGGAUAAUUUAUGCUGGAGCUGGACUGCAUUCUACGUGGCUCCCGUCGAAGAGAGAAAUUUGCCUUUUCUUCAGAAAGUCCUACAUUUUUACAAAAGAACUAAAUGGAUUCAGUGAUUUUAUUUUAUCUCUGUAAAGUACCAAUUGUAAAUAAGCAUCUAGCCUUCUUACCUGUAACUAAAUAUAAUUUUUAUGCAAUAAAUUAUAUUUCUUAGUUUAACAA